GCGAUGCACGCACAGACUAAGAUACGCGAGCAUGUGCCGCCCAAUCUCCUCUCUACCUCAUCGCACGGCGUCUACAGUUGUCAGCAUUAUUGUGGUUCAGUGUACAGUGGAAUCUCGUUAUAAGCAUAAGUAUUCCCAGCAGGGAGAAAAACGGAACGCGAAAUGAAUCAACUAAAUUAUACACUGGAUCAUUCCCUGCACACAUGACCCUCAGAACCAGGUUGACGUGACCGUCUUCCUAAAGUGGGAUUUGGUGGCCACAGGUCGAUGCUACGCAUCUUUCCGCGCACACAUGGGCUGACAGCGGUGGCCUUGUGUUCAUCGCGCCACCCUUUUACAUCUUUUAUGAUUUACACUCGCGAUUUACGCUUUAUGUACUGUGACGUUAUUUCACAUCACGAGUCUGGAAAAAUUGACUGUCGUGUUUAUCAUGCUGUAUCAUGACGUACUGCCGUCCCUUAAUAUCGCGUUACGCAAAUUACCUACCAAGAACUCCAGGGUCACAAUUUUUGUAAAUAUCGAUCAUUAGAUUAAGGAUGUUCUGGUUAUACAGUCCCAGACAAAAGGUACUGAAAUCUGAAAUAGAUGAAAUUCUCGAUUUCACGGAGGUAAAAUAUGAACCAUAGGCACUGGUAUGUUGUGAAAGGCUACAAUAAUGAUAAUAAACAUGUUUUUUGACUCUAUAAAUUAAUAUAUUAGUGGAUUUUGCUCAUUUUGUGAUGGUCGACAAAAACCUUUUGGACAUGAAUUUGACCUAAAUCAAACUGUAAAAAAAAAAAUUCGUUGUUCACAUGAGACAUAUUUCAUGUAUACCAGGCAUCAAAUGAUGAUUGAGAUUGCAUAAGAUAUAUAAUUAAUCAUCAUUGAUGUCAUAUUUUUACUUGUAGGACUUUUUACAAGUCAAAAUAAUAUGUUAAAAAUCAUGUAUCAAUCGCGACAACAGUGUAUUGCCUGGUAUUGCACUGAUUCAUUAUUUUACAUUGGUACCAAUGCGACGCGGCGAGAAAGCGUGUUCGAGCUGCUCUCUCGCACAUCCUUGUCCGCAUCGCACUCUCUCUCUCUCACUCUAUUCCAAGCGAUUUAGUAUCCGUAGGUGAAUGAUAAGACGAUCGAACGCCAUGCUCGAACGUAACGUUCAUGUAUAUUGAGAGGUUAGAUAGACGCGAUCACUGCUAACGAACGAAAUGCCAAUAGAAAAAGUAAAACGGUGGAAACGCCGAUUAGUAACGGACGCGGUUUAUAAACAGCGAUUAGCUCAAAGCAAGAAUUGUAAAAAUGUAAAUGAAACGAAAAAAGCCACAAGUCAAAUCGAUGCAAACUCGAAAUUUGAGUCACAAGAGGAUCAAAAUGAUGAUACUCAACCGGAGUUCACCGAGGGACGUCGCGUUGUCGAAUUAUCCGUUCUCGCUGAACAAUUGUGGUGUGUGUCGUGUAAAGAAGUGCUUUCUUUGCAAUAUAUAGAAAAAGAAACACGCAGAGGGUUAGGCUCGAUACUGCUGGUGAGAUGUCACAAAUGUUUGCUCAUAAAUUCGGUGACUACAGGCAAGCAGCACAACUGGGGAAAACGACGCUUAUCUCGCUUUGACGUCAAUACUAAAGCAGCAAUCGGUGUUCUGCAUGGUGGAUUGGGCCAUACACAUCUCAAUAAACUAUUAUCCUGCCUCAAUAUUCCAACUAUCGACUUCAAGACAUUCAAGAGAUAUGAGCAAGAAGUUGGACGAGGCACAGAAACUAUUGCGAAGGGGAGUUGCCAGAACGCAGCACAUUUGGAGCGGCAGCUCACUGUGGAGAAUGCAGAAAACAUUGAACAGUUAUUGCCAGACAAUCUUCGCUCCGGUUUCAUAAUACCACCAGUGAAGGAAAGUGAAUGUUAUGAAGAUACCGCUGAAGGUGAAGAAACGCCGGUAACAUUCGAUAAUGUUGUACGCAUUAUGGCUUCGUAGGAUAUGGGCUGGAGUACUAGAGGCACUGGAAGGAACUACGAUAGUUUGAAUGGAUUCGGGGCAAUUAUCGGCAGCAUGUCUGGGCUCAUUCUGGAUUAUUCAACUCGCAACAGAAAAUGUAAAAAAUGGGACAAUGGAAACAAUCCAGCUAAUCACGAUUGUCGACUAAAUUUUUGGGGAACUGCAAAAGCAAUGGAGCCCGACGUCGCAAAAAAUAUUGUAACGUCGAGUACAGUCCUCCAGUCACAAAACCUUGAAGAUCGCAAAUCACGAAGGCAUAACUUACGAAAGUAACUGUACCCUUCUCAGUGCACGUGCAGUGGAAAAUGAUCCAGAACCUGAGAAUUCUGGCAUUGAGGAAGAAGAUAGUGAUGAAAUGCCUCCCGUUAUUCUAGUCGAUCUGGAAUCUUCGGGCCUUGGACAAGACUGUGAUAUUUUGCAAAUUGCUGCGACAUGUGGUUCGAAAACGUUUGCAACAUACGUGAACCCAAUUCAACAAAUAUCGAUAUCUGCUACUGGCGCCAAUGGCCUUACAAAUCAUUUUGGAGAUCUUAUGUACUUUAUUCCUUUGAGUCCACUAAUGUCGUCCCACGGAAUCUCCACCAUCUUUUCCAACUUAAUCUUGGGUAAAAUUCUUAAAAAAAUUAAAAUAUCAAAACAAAUUCUGACAAAAAGCGCAAAGGAUUAUUGUGAGCAGUCUCAAAAAUGGGACGAUGACAAUCGCAUAAGAAAUGCUCUUCCGACUUUGGACCAAUUAAAAGGGGUGCUAAGUAAGGAUCUUCUCAAAAAAAUGGCAAAAGCAUCGAUAACCGUUAACAGUCUCAAGCAAACUUAUGGUGCCUCUGGUGAAACUGAUGUAACUGAGCUGCUAGGACAGAAAAUAAACGGAAAACCGGUGGUAACAAGUCAUAAACUGUCCCUCAAACAAAUUUUUGACUGGCUUCAACAUAAUAAAAAUAAGACAUCACACAAACAAGAUGUUCAAAUCCUGUUUUGUCGAUUAUCAUAUUAUCAUAUUAUAAUAUUAUAA